CACCGCGCCGCGCCACAGUCUCCGCUCCCUCCCGAGGAAGCCCUUGGGCGAGCGGGCGGUGGAGUCCCGGGACUGGGGGCGGGGAUCUAGGGACGGCGCGCGGCCCCGACCUCCCCCCAUUGCUUCCCGGUGUCUAUAGAAAUUCCCCUGACAACCCCGCAACCUGAAUCUGUCGCUCCUCCCCAGAACCACCCCACCCCCACCCCCGGACACACCUUCGCUUGUCCUGGAGCCCUUGGAACCCCCUCACUCCUGCGAAUUCUGGUAACGCCCGCAGAGCCACCAUUCCCCGGGAUGCCCCCAAAUGCUUACUGAGCUAUGCGAUUCCUCUGAUCAUGCAUACGCCCCAUUCUCCCUGCACCAUACUCAAAUGCAAAAAACUUGCCCACGUUUUCCCAAGCCCUCAUAUAUUUGGGGUCCCUAUAACCUACCCUGACAUCUAAUCUCCAAUCCACACCUAUCCCAGACAAGAGCCCCUUCCUGUCCCAGCCAUUGUACCGCCCCCACCCCCCCAAGUGUCAUGAUAUGUUCUGAUAUCUUAAAGACAAAUGAAGGGGACAGAAGAAGGUUUAACACCCUCCCCCAUCUUGCACCCUAUAAUUCUUGUUUUCACCCUGAUUCCCUGUUGGUGACUCAAGCCUCAGUAUUUUCCUAACUGCCUUCCUUUAGGGUGUGCACACCUCCCUCAGCCUGCUUCGGUCUAGAGAAUAAGCCAGGCCAGGAGGGUGGGGGUCUUUUUACCUGGGAAGUUUUAUGUGGAAGUAGAGCACAAGGGGCCCUGGGAAAGGAUAGUUGCUUUCGAGAAGCAGGAGGGUGGGAUUUCAAGGAUCUUGGAGGUCCUUGCUCAUCAACUUGUCCACCUCAGAUCUCUAAAAUUUUUAUUAAUAUUAGCAUAUAUGUUAAAAUUGUAAGCCUUUCAGCACUUGGGGGACAGAAAAUCUGUCAAGCUUCCAAAUGUGAGAUUGAGGGAGCUUAUUAGCUUGUCCUGAAAGAGGCAAAUGUCCAUUUUUGUGACCUUUUCCCUAUGUACUUACUUCUAGAGGUUAUUUAAGCAAGAAGCCUUGCUGUUUACAGAUGUUUCCCUUGAAAACUAAGGCCUUGAGGUGGGAGGUGGGGAUUGCCUUGCCAGAGUUUCCCAGAUACUUUGUGGCCACAAAACAGACUAGAAUAUUGGUUGCCUGAAUCUUAAGCCAGUGUUCUUUCCAAUACAUCACAGGGUCCUUUUGAGAAAGCUCUCUGUAGACUUAAAGUUUUCUGCAAAGGUAAGGUUGUGGCUUUGGUGUUGGUUAUAAUGGGAUACAGAUGGGUUCUAGAGGCAAGUAAAAGGCUGCCUCAGACUUGAAACUCCUUGCUAGUAGGGGAGUUGCUCCCUCUCAGGGCCUGUGGGGCUUGGAAUCGGUGGCCCCUUUGCCCUUGAUCUCACUUUCUUUGUUGUGUUUCUGUCCCAUUAGGACCCGGGACAAAUAUCCAAGUGGGCUGGACUGACAGCAAGUGAGUUUCAUUAACAACUGGGGUGAGGUUGGAAAGUUUCCACUAACCUGUGGUCUCUGUCUUCUGUGCUAGGUGAGCCCCAGGUGUGUCCCAGAGGGAUCCAGGUGACUUCUCUGCAGACUACUUGCCAUGAUGCCCCACCAAGAACAGGGGGAAUAAAGUGGGGGUCCUUCCCCAUGCCCCUCCCAUGGUCAGCUCCCCAAUGGCCUGGGUGAGGGCGGACUGGCUGCUCUGACACCAUGGGGAGCUGCUGCAGCUGCCUGAACAGAGACAGUGUCCCAGACAACCACCCCACCAAGUUCAAGGUGACAAAUGUGGAUGACGAGGGGGUGGAACUGGGCUCCGGGGUCAUGGAGCUGACGCAGAGCGAGCUGGUGCUGCACCUGCAGCGGCGCGAGGCUGUCCGCUGGCCCUACCUCUGCCUGCGGCGCUACGGCUACGACUCCAACCUCUUCUCCUUUGAGAGCGGCCGCCGCUGUCAGACGGGCCAGGGGAUAUUUGCCUUCAAGUGCUCCCGGGCUGAGGAGAUCUUCAACUUGCUUCAGGAUCUGAUGCAGUGCAACAGCAUCAACGUGAUGGAGGAGCCGGUCAUCAUCACCCGCAACAGCCACCCAGCUGAGCUCGGCCUUCCUCGGGCCCCCCAGCCUCCCAAUGCUCUAGGCUAUACUGUCUCCAGCUUCUCCAAUGGUUUCCUUGGCUGCCCAGGAGAGGGCCCGAGAUUCUCAGCACCCCGGCGCCCCUCGACGAGCAGCCUGCGACACCCCUCGCUUGGGGAAGAGUCUACUCAUGCCCUCAUUGCCCCUGAUGAGCAGUCCCACACCUACGUCAACACGCCAGCCGGUGAGGAUGACCACCGCCGCAGCCGGCAUUGCCUGCAGCCCCUGCCCGAGGGCCAGGCGCCCAGCCCCCCCCAGCCCGGGGGCCCUGACCCCCGGGACCCCCAGGUGUUCCUGCAGCCAGGCCAGGUGAAGUUCAUGCUGGGCCCCACCCCCGCCCGGCGGCACAUGAUGAAGUGCCAGGGCCUCUGGCCCAGCCUGCAUGAUGCCCCUCCCCACAACAACAACAACGAGGGCGCUUCUGAAUGCCCGGCUCAGCCCAAGUGCACCUAUGAGAAUGUCAGCGCGGGCCUGCGGCCGGGGGCCGGCUGGAGACUGAGCACGGAGGAGCCAGGCUGGAAUGGCCUUGCCCACCGCCGGGCCGCCCUGCUGCACUAUGAGAACCUUCCCUCCCUGCCCCCCGUGUGGGAGAGCCAUGGCCAACAGCUGGGGGAGGAGGCUGGGGAUGACGGAGACUCGAGGGAUGGUCUCACUCCCUCCUCCAAUGGCUUCCCUGAUGGUGAGGAGGACGAGACCCCACUUCAGAAGCCCACCAGCACCCGGGCUGCCCUCCGUAGCCAUGGCAGCUUUCCUGUGCCACUGACCUGCCGCCGAGGCUCCCCGAGGGUCUUCAACUUUGAUUUCCGCCGGCCGGGCCCCGAGCCCCCCAGGCAGCUCAACUACAUCCAGGUGGAGCUGAAGGGCUGGGGUGGAGACCGCCCCAAGGGGCCCCAGAACCCCUCGUUCCCGCGAGCCCCCGUGCCCACCACCCACCCUGCCCGCAGCUCAGACUCCUAUGCCGUGAUUGACCUCAAAAAGACCGUGGCCAUGUCCAACCUGCAGAGGGCGCUGCCCCGAGACGAUGGCACUGCCAGGAAAACCCGGCACAACAGCACCGACUUGCCUCUGUAGGGACUUCCUCAACGCUCCGCCUCACGCUCCUGUUCCCCGAACCCACACCCCGGGUUCAAGGUUGCUUUGUAGAAGGGCACUGAGGUGGAAACCCAGGCUUCCCUGCGCUGGCUGGUGUCCCCGAAGAUAGCAGCCACUGAGUCUCCUGGUCUCCCAAGCUGGGCAGAAAAGGGUGACCAGGCGAGGAGGGAGCCAGGACAUAAACUGUGAAGGGUUCCUCUGAUGCAUUUAAGCACCCUCCCGUUUAUGUCCAUUUGUCUUGUCUCUCGUCUGUCUGUGUGUUCUCUUUGGUUGAAAUUUUGAAACAUUUUGUACCUGUUGAUUUUAUUUAUCAGUUUAUUU